AUGGAUCCUAGUGUGGAAAACAGCGUGAAGGCCGUCAGAAGGAGUAAAGAGGAGAAGAAAGUUCUCCGAAAACAAUUAAAAGCGAGUCACACUUUACUGAAACAUGAAGGUAUCAGCACGGCACCGCAGCCGACCAAGAGUUUGGUGGUGGCUAAUGGCGGCUUGGGGAACGGGGUUGGUCGAGAGGAGCUUUCUACAGUGCUGAAAGAGAUGGGGGAGGUGGAGACCCUGUUAAUGCCCCCUCAGAAGCCUUACGCCUUUGUCACAUACAGAUCUGAGGAGAGUGCUCAGAGAGCCCAUGUCCACCUUAAUGGACAAAAGCUGCAAUGUGGAGAGAACAGUGUCACACUCUACCUCAGUUAUGUUGACUCAGUAACCUGUGAGGAGGAGAACUCUGUUCCUUUGCCGGAGGGAUUACUCUUGGUGGAAGAUUUUGUGUCUCCAGAGGAAGAGGCUCUGUUACUUGCCGCUAUAGACUGGUCGUCGACUAAUGAUGAUGUCACUGCUCAAAAAGCUCUGAAGCAUAGAAGAGUCAAACAUUUUGGCUUUGAAUUUCGCUACGACAACAACAAUGUGGAUAAGGACAAGCCAUUACCUGCAGGUCUUCCUGAGGACUGUCUGCCUGUUCUGGAGCGGUGUGUAAGGAACGGUCACAUCAAUAUCAUGCCCGACCAACUGACUGUCAACCAGUAUGAGUCUGGACAGGGCAUUCCUCCUCAUGUGGACACCCACUCUGCCUUUGAGGACACCAUCCUCUCACUGAGCCUGGGGGCAAAGACGGUGAUGGAAUUCCGGCAUCCCGAUGGUCGUCUUGUUCCCGUGGUGUUGCCAGGACGCAGCCUCCUGGUGAUGAAGGGAGAGAGCAGAUACCUCUGGACCCAUGGGAUAACUCCCCGGAAGUUCGACGUGGUGCCAGCCUGCGACCCAGAAUCCCCUGCUCAUACAACUUCUGACCUUGGGCCUAACAGAAAUCUCACCUUGAGCAAGAGGGGCACCCGCACCUCUUUCACUUUCCGAAAGAUCAGACAUGAACUUUGCCGCUGUGCCUUUCCUUCUACCUGUGACAGUCAGGGAGCUGCCUCAGCACCCUCGCCCUCUCCGCCAUCUGCCCCCUCGAUUCCCUGUUGCCAUGCCGACGCAACCCGUCUGGAGGAGGAGUAUGUGCACCGGGUGUACGACGCCAUCGCCUCCCACUUCAGCAGUACACGCCACUCGCCCUGGCCUCGUGUCUGCCACUUCCUGUCCUCGCUCUCUCCUGGCAGCGUGCUGGCUGAUGUGGGCUGUGGAAAUGGGAAAUACCUGGGUGUCAACCCAGAGCUGAUUGCAGUUGGCUGUGAUCGUAGCAGUGCUCUUGUCCAAAUCUGUGCAGAGAGAGGUUUCCAGGCGUUUGUAUCUGAUGCUCUCAGCGUCCCUCUGCGAACAGCCUCCUGUGACGCCUGUAUCUCCAUAGCUGUCAUACACCACUUUUCCACACAGGAACGUCGGCUGGCAGCAGUGAGGGAGCUGGUGAGACUUUUGAGGCCUGGAGGUCGAGCGCUCAUCUACGUUUGGGCUUUUGAACAAGAGUACAACAAGCAGAGGUCGAAAUACCUCAAAGAACAGAACAAAGAGCAUCCUGGGAACCUCAGCCCCAUCAACGACACAUCAGACGGCAUACAAGAGCCUCAUGGGAAAGCCAGAAUGCAUACCAGUAGACAUUUGGAAGACAACUACAGGCCUGGUGACAGCGUGCAAGAUGUUAGCAAAGUGAUUGAUGGCAAACUUAGUGUGCACACUAACCGCACAGCCUUCAACACCCAGGACCUUUUGGUUCCCUGGCAUCUGAAGGAGGGAAAAAGACAGGGGGGUGAAGAAUCAGGAGAGAGUGGGAAGAAGGACAAAAGGAAAGAGAAGUCUAAAAAGACUUCAGGUAACUCCUCUUCACCCUCUAGUGUGAGUUCCAAAACCAGAUUAGACUGUAACCGUGACCCCAGCCCAGUUUUUGACUCCAGCAUGUCCUCUGGAUCGGGUCUUGACACCAGUGAUGCCACUCAAGGGCCAGAUUUUAAACCCAAGUCAAGUGGUGACACUAUAAAGAAGUCCAGCUCUAUUCUAAAGUCUGAGUCUGAGAGCGGUCCAGUGCCUGUCUUCCACCGUUAUUACCACGUGUUCCAGCAGGGGGAGCUGGAGCAGCUGUGUGUUCAGGUGGCUGGAGUCAAAGUGCAGAGCAGCUACCACGACCAGGGAAACUGGUGCGCUGUAUUAGAGAAAGAAUGAGGGAGAUGAACUGACUGACACGCACAUAAUUUAUGAUCAUUUUGCUACAAAUAUAUAUUGAGAGACGAUACACAUUCUGCAUUGAACUAUGACAAUUGAUGCAAUGUAAAUUGAAAAGUCUUUCAUUUGUUUAAAUGCUGAAGAGAAGAAUGACCAGAAAAGUG